AUGGAAUCCCGCGCGUCCAGCGCCAUGGAUGAUGCAGGUUCUCGCUCUCCUGUUCAGCCAUCUGGCAACAGCACCAUCAAAGCCGAGAACAUAACAGAUGACACUCCGCAUGAAAUCAUGAGUACCUCGCAGACUCCAGCUCCUGCCAUUACUGAUCAGCCCACUGAGUCAAAUUCACGACAAUCAUCAUCGCGUCCAUCAGACCUGGCAUCAACACAGAAUCUUUCAGAUGUUGCGAUGGGCGACGCGAUGCCAUAUGGAACACGCUCACGCAACCGCCCUCGACCAAAUUAUGCAGAGGAUCAAGAUAUGGAUUUCGAAGUCNCCCCGCCACCAGCCAAGCCUGCAUCUGCCAAAAACGCCACGGUCGGUGAUUCAAAGCGGAAUCAACUAGUUGCGACGGAGACUAAGAAGGCCACUGCUGAUCCUUCAUUUGUUCGAGUCAAUGGUGCAGACCAAGACGAGAGGUCGCCAUCUGCUUCUGGCAAAGAGACAAUUCCUGGAACUUCCACUUUUUCGUCUGCCCCUCCCAAGAAGCGCAAGGCAGCCGGUGCCGCCAAUACUGCCAUCGUUGCAUCAGGAUCUGGUAACACCACUGCAAAUGCGGCUGCGCAACCCACUACAAAGCGACCGGCAUCUUCCACUCCGUUGGCAAACAUGUCUCGUGGGUCUAACAUGAUGACUUUUGAAAAGUCAAAGGGAGUUCUGAAGAAAGGCGGACUUGUUGCAGACGAUGGCACGGUAUUAUACGUCGAUGGUAAGAAUGUUUUGUUAUCUCUGCUUUUACGUUUCUUACGACUAAUGAAAACCUCUANNGAUCAUGUAUAUCUCGUCUGCGAACCACCUGGUGACCCUUAUUACCUCUGCAGGAUCAUGGAAUUUCUACACACCAAUUCUGACGAUCCGAAAUCUCCCGUAGAUUCGAUCCGGGUGAAUUGGUUCUACCGUCCGCGCGACGUACAGCGACUCAACAACGACAGCCGUCUUGUAUACGGUACCAUGCACUCUGACGUUUGCCCCCUCACGUCUCUCCGUGGAAAGUGUCAGAUUCUCCAUCGGUCAGAGAUUGACAACCUUGACGAGUACCGCAAAGGCACGAAUUGUUUUUGGUUCAGUCAGAUUUUUGAUCGCUUCAUCCGCCGAUUUUACGAGGUGAUUCCGACUUCCCAAAUCAUUAAUGUUCCGGAUAAGGUCAAACGAGCCUUAGAUGAGAGAUGGAAGUUCAUCGCUGUCGAGACCAACAGAGUCAAAGAGCUCACAGCGGCAGUCAAGCUUUGUAAGCGUUGCACCCAAUACUGUGCAAGGUACGAACAUCAAAUGCAACAACCAAAAACAUUACUAACCUUGCUCUCANGCAAUGAUUCGGUCGACUGCGCAAUUUGCGGUAACUGUUACCACAUGAACUGCGUCCGACCACCAUUGCCCAAAAAGCCCACACGUGGUUUUGCUUGGGCGUGUGGUCCUUGUGGUCGUGCUGCAGAAAGGAAGCUUGAGGCGCGUAACACUCCUCUCGGUGGCAUUGAUGAAGAGGAAGAAGUCAUUGAAGAAGAGGAAGAAGAUCCUGCACUGACAGCAAGCACGCGAGCACCAAGCCCCAGUGGUCCCGAUGUCGCUACUGAUCAGCACCCUGGUACUCAAGCUGAAAUUGCCAUGGCCAAGAUGUGGCCUUUCCGGUACCUGGGUAUCCACUGCAGAGUUGAGGAUGCACUGCAGUACGACGACCGUGCUAUUUACCCCAGAGCUAGCUCGCGCCUAGGACCACGUCACCAGGCGAAUGUCAAUGUGUGGCAUGGUAGGCCAGUCGAACUUGUCAAACCGGCUGAUAUCAAGAAGCGUUUCGUCAAGGGUGGUGGCCAAAAGAAGGACACAAAACUUACCAAAGAGACUCUGGCCGCAAUUGAGGCGGAUCGGAAAGAACGAGAAAAGCGUCCGAAAUGGGUUCAAGACGAGCCUCCAGGUUAUGUCCAUCGAGGAGAGGAUUACGACAACGACGACCCGAGGAAUACGGCUCGACUCAUGUUCAAGAUGCCGGAAGAAGACGACGAACAUGCUUCAGCCUCGAACGAGAAUUUCAUCGACAAAUUCAUGGACCGCGCCAAAGCUACUGCGAAGUCGCUCAAGUUGCAUACUUGGAGCUCCAAUCUUCAAGAUAAAGCGCUUGAGCUCUUGAUUCAGCAUAAAUACAACGCAGACAAGGCAAUCGAACAAUUGUCCAAGGUCGAUAAAGUCAAGGAUCUCAAAGAACCUCUACUUACGCCAGAUGAGUUGAAGAGAUUCGAAGAUGGCGUGCAGAAGUAUGGUUCAGAGCACCGAUUGGUCCGGCUACAUAUGAAGACUCACCACCCUACAUCUACGAUUGUUCGCUUUUACUAUCUUUGGAAGAAAACACCACGCGGUCGACAGAUAUGGGACAACUACGGAGGUCGCAAGGGAAGGAAACGCCAGAACAUGGAUCCUGCUGGUAAGCUCCAAGCUGAGGUCGCCGAUGACUUGGAUGACUCUGCCUUCGACACCGACAAAGCACGAACCCAGAAGAGAGGAUUCCAGUGUAAGCAUUGUUCCGCGCGACAUUCUCGACAGUGGCGUAGAGCCCCUGGUGUUACUCCUGGCCAGACUGUGCCUUCGGGUGAAGGUAAAGCUAGCAAAGACAAGGGCAAUCGUUUGCUUUUGGCACUGUGCGGAAGAUGCGCUGGACUCUGGAGACGAUACGCGAUCGUAUGGGAAGAUAUCGACGAAGUCACUAAGAAGGCUGUCCAGGCCGGUGGACGCGCCUGGAAGCGCAAGUUCGACGAAGAGGUUGUGCGCGAGAUCCUGGCUUCAAACGAAGCUGCACCGGAAGAUCCGACCAUCGUCCUUCAAUCAGUUGAAGGAGCGGAGCCGCCGAAAAAGAAGACCAAGCUUGCACCUGAGGGUACUGAGAAGAAGAAGGCACCCAAGCUUCCGACACCCCCUCCGCCACCGAUCGUGCCCGACCAACCUAGAUGGAGAGAACUGCCGUGUUUCGUCUGCAAUGUUCUCGAUUCUGCAGGCGAACGUCCUAUUGUGUGCUCGCACUGCAAGCUCAGUGUGCACAAGAGGUGUUAUGGUCUCUCAACCCAAAGUGUGCCAACAAAGUGGGUCUGCGACCAGUGCACCAACGAUAGGACGCCAGCAGUGUCCACUGAGUACAUGUGCACACUCUGCCCGAUCGAAGAGACGACCUACGAGAUGCUCGAGACGCCCAGAGUUACCCACAAGAAGAAGUCAGACCGAGAGCGCGAAAAGGAGAGACUCGAGAAGGAGCUCAUGGACAGUGUGCAGCUAGAGUACAACAAGAAGCAAGCCUCUCUCAACCGGCCCAGCAACCCUAGAGAGCCACUCAAGCGCACUGACGGUAACAACUGGGUCCACGUCCAAUGUGCUAUAUGGACGCCCGAGAUCAAGUUCAGCGAGGCCAGCCUUCUGGAAAGAGCUGAAGGAUUCAGUGCCAUUCCUUUGGAACGGUAUGAGGCAACAUGCAAGGUCUGCAAGAAGAACAACCAUGGCGCCUGUGUCUCUUGUCUUCAAUGUCGUGCCAACUUCCAUGUUGGCUGUGCGAUACAGGCCGGAUACACAUUGGGUUUUGAUGUGACACCAGUCAAGGGCUCGCGCAAAGACCAAGUCAUCACAGCAACCAUUGGCGGCGAAAGCGGAUCCCUUACAGCCGCGAUCUGGUGUAAGGAACAUGCUAUCAAGACUCCGGUGCACCCGAUCAGCGAGGUUGCGGACGACAAAAGCCAAAAUGCUUUACAAGUGUUUGUUGAGAACUACAAACAGGCUGACCCAACUCUCACUGGAACUGCCCGGAAAGCCAAUUUGCUCAGUCAAUCAACGAAACUAGCUUCACAGGCUGUUCCUGCUAACGCAGCAGCUAACCGUCGCAUUUCUACAGCAAGCAUUAUGGCGCGAUCGGCACGCAACUCACCAGCAGGAGCUUCCAGGACUGAUGAAAUGGAUGGCGUGAGCUCUGCUGAAGAUGAGCCUACAAAGACGUGUAUCAAGUGCCAUACCGAUAUCAGUCCCAGAUGGUGGACUGCUGAAGAGACGUUGAAAAGAGUCCAAGCCCAGACGCCAGUCACAACACGCAGUGAGGAUAAUCUCAAGGGCUACAGAUGCAACAAGUGUCACUUCAAGCGAGUUAAUGCUCCGCAAGAACCAUCACCGUCGCCUUNNCCUCAACUCGAAAAAGAGUCUCUUUGUCACCCCCGAAGCAGUUUCCCCUCCAGAUAG